UCGGUUGGCAACACUGACACGGCAAGUUCCGGCGACAUCGCGAGAGUUCAUCGCGGCGCACGAUUACGCGUUUUGCAUUUCGUUGUUCGAAAUGUCGGUCCCCUUCAGUGGAUGCCGAUCGCGUUCUGCCGGGGUGAUUUCCGCAAUCAUAGCGCAGCUAAAGCGCGUUAAUUUAACACCGGUUAAAAAGAUCGACUUUCGUUUCGAUCCGUUCCACAGACAUGUCAGGCAUACGAGAAACUUUCAAUAUUACAUUAGCUCCCCGAAAGUCUGUGCAACAAAUCCGUAUUGUUUGAUGAAAACGGAAAUCGUGUGUGAUAAGUCUGAUCCAACUAUUACAUUCAAUCUUCAGUCAGGAGAAAAAAUUAUAUUAAAAACAGCUCUUUUAACGUCCCUGAACAUUUUGGAACUUUACAACAAACAUAUUACAAGCUUAGUUCCACCCGAUCCAGCUGAGCUUGAAGCUAAAAAAGAGCUCGAAGAAAAGAAGAAAAAAAGAAAGAAACAGCGUCAUAGACAAAAAGAAGGAAAAAAGAAGAGACCAGUAAUACUACGCGGUUGAUUACAUUAGCGACUUAUCGAAUGGUUUUUCUAUUUUCUAGAAGUCAAGAAACGCUUGAUCUGUAUAUAUAAUAUAAUCUUGAUACUCAUC